AGGCUGAUUCACUCUAUGGACUUAUCUAUCAUCUACGCCUGAUAAGAAACAGUCAAGUGGAGGGGAAGGCUCUUCGCAGAAAGACUCUGAGUCGGACUGCGUUAAAGGGAAUGAAGCAGCUACUUCAAGGCAGAUCCUGUGCAUCUUUAUGACCAGGAUGAGAAGAAGAAAGCAGUGAGAGCUCGCCCCACGCCCAGCGGAACGCAACACCUCUCGAAACUCCCGUUCUCCCACUCACCCGGUCCCUGUGGUCUGACACCUUCAUCCCAGAUGGAGAGAGAAAAGACAGUCCGUCUGCUGUGCCUCCUUGUUGUUCUGCUUCAAGUCGGCGAAGGCGUGGGCUGUCCCAGCCGCCUUCAUGAAAAUCUCGAGUGCUUCAACGACUUCAAUAACAUCAUCACCUGUGUGUGGAACAGCUCGGAGCACAGAGACAGGCUUUGCACGGUCUAUGCCAAAGACAAAGAGUCAAACUUAAGGUAUAAAAGGUCCUCCUGUAAACUGACGCCUGCUGACGCCUCCGGAUCAGCUCAGAGGAAAUGCUCCAUGACCUUCAGCGACGUCUAUGUCUUUACUCCUUUUGACACGUAUUCCAUCACAAUAAGAUGUGAGUCUCUGAAUGAAUCCGUGAUCAGCAUCGACUAUGAGAUACCUUGCUUCAUAAAGCUAUAUCCUCCAGGGAGGCCGCAGGUCAACUUUACCUCCAUCUCCUGGUCUGCUGAAGAGCCCAGGAACCCUAGUUUUAAAGUGUACGACUUCGAGCUCCAAUGGAAACAAUGCACAGAAUCAUGGAACGAUGCCACUACGAUACUCCAAAACGACAUUCAGUGUACUUCAGACUGCCAGGCUCAGCUGUAUGAAGAACAACUGGUAAAAGAUGAGAGCUACGAUAUGCGGGUUCGAGUCAAGCUCCACGACGAAGACUACCAACAUGCCUGGAGCGACUGGAGUCCCACUGCAUCAUGGGUAUCACCCAUAGGGAAGACAGUCCAGCGCCAGCCAACAUAUCCUGAUCCUUGGAAUAAUCCUCUGAUCAUCGGUGGUGCAGGCGUAGUGCUGGCCAUUUGUCUGAUUGUCAUCUUCUUCAGGACCAAGAAAAACACCUGGGUUUACAUUGUAAAGAAGAUCAAAGGUCCUCCCAUACCAGACCCGGAAAAGUUCUUCCAACGUAAUGGAAAUUUCCAGGCUUGGCUGAGUCCUCAGUUUACCAGCGAGUCCCUCCACGCGUUCUUGAAGCCAGUGGACAUCGUCUCCGUAGAGGUCACCAACGUUUUGGACGCCAUCACCCCCUCCUGGCCAGAAGAUGCACUGCUAGAGAAAAAGAGAUGGGAUAACAGCUGCCAGUCAGGCAACUCCAGUUACUCCAACCCCAGUUACUCCAAACUGUGCCCGGCCCCUCUCUCCUCUCUCACCAGUGGGACUUUGGAGGCCUGUGCCCCCGACUCAUCUUAUGGGCCUGCUGUAGGUAAAAAAGAAGGCAUAAAAGAAGGGAUGGACAGAGAGGAGAAGCAGAGGGAAGACUUAGAAAUUCUACAGUUGUUAUCCAAAGCUAGUGAGAGUGGUGAGACUAUGCAGAUGUCUUCAGACUAUGAGCGGGUUGAGAAACCCCAGGCUGAGCGCUGCAGGCUCCACAGCUCAGAUUCAGGCAUGGGCAGCUUCGAGGAGGAGCAGGUCAGCGAGGAGAGCCUAGAGGAAGCGGAUAGCAUCAGUAUGACCGAUGUCCAUGGGCAGCAACAGGAGGGGAUGGAGGAAAUGAAGGGAAAUGAGGCAGAUCUUCGAAGGCUGCUCGGCGAUAUGAGCUGUGGUGGUGGUUUCAGUAAAGGGUCUAUUCAGGUGUGCUCAGACUACGAGCGAGUAGAGAAGCUCCAGGCUGAGCGCUGCGGCCUCAUGAGCCCGGAUUCAGGAAUAGGCAGCAAAGGAGAGGAGCAGGUCAGUCAGGAGAGCUUGGAGGACGUCGAUGGGCCCAUGACAUCCGAAGCGUUCUGGUUUCCUCCCUCCAGCGCCUUCCGAUGCGCCCUGCCCUCUUUCACCACACUGCCCUUGAAUUUCUCCAGUCCAGGACUGGGUUCAGUGCCGGGACCUUUGCCAGGUCAUGUGCUAGAGGAGCUGGCUCUGACAGCUUCUACCGGGCCAAUAGAGCCCUCUGGUGGUGGAUACAUGCCAGUGAAAGGGGCACAGGCAUGAGAGCAAAUCUGCUCAGUAGGCUUGAACGUCAGUGCUCUACUGCACUCUGUGGCAUGCAGUGUGUGCAGCAUAUCAAUAUAACAACAUGGAAACGUCAGUAUUCUGCGUUCGAUACUGAACGCCAAAGACGCAUGUCACUUUGAUAUUGUUUCUGCGAGCAGAUCAGCUUCCAUCACUCAGGAUAAAGCAGCUUGAUUAAAGUGGAAGAAGGACGGACUUGAAAUGUCCUCGUUCCUCAUUUGUUUUGACAAACGCUGGUUAUUUGUCAGUUCACAUCUUUAACAGGCUGCAGCAUAAAAUGGAUGGACAUCACUUCCAAACCUCCUGUGCUCAGGAAGUCAGAUGUGGAACAUUACGUAUAUUCAUUGAGAGAAUAUUUUCAACCACCUC